AUCCCACGAGGUUUCGUGGGGAUUCACGCCACAAAUCCAGGCAUGGUUUUCCGGUCAAGAAAUGUUCCAUGCCUCGCGAGGCUGCUUGUGCUGUACCUCCUUAUCUUCUACUCCUCCCCCGCCGCGCUCUUCUCCGUCGGUGCGGUCUUGCGUCCAGAUGGCAAUACAUUUCUGGACUCGGAGGAGCUGAGCCGUCCCAGUGCGCGAGGGGGCGCCGGGUCUCGUAGCAGCGGAUGGACGUCGCUGCUCGCGCUCUUACGAGGGCAGUCGUCGCACGCAAGUUCCGCCGCCGCAUGGAGCGAUGAAUUCGCGCGCGCAGAUGCACCCGCUCCGAGUCCGCAGCCUGUACCAUCCGCGCCACCACCCCCCCCACCACCCCCUCCAUCCCCGCCUCCAUCCCCGCCUCCAUCCCCCCCUCCGACACCACCUCCCCCCUCGCCGCCACCGCCAUCCCCUCCGCCGUCGCCACCUCCACCCCCACCAUCGCCGCCUCCCCCUCCCCCGCCAUCGCCUCCACCUCCGCCAUCCCCCCCACCGUCGCCACCUCCUUCUCCACCUCCGCCAUCGCCACCGCCUCCGUCUCCUCCGCCUUCUCCCCCUCCUCCAUCUCCGCCACCACCGUCGCCCCCGCCUCCCCCAAGCCCUCCACCGCCCCCUUCCCCCCCGCCCCCCUCUCCCCCCCCCCGCCUCCAUCCCCACGUCCACCGUCCCCCCCACCAAGCCCCCCCCCAUCUCCCCCACCGUCACCUCCUCCGCCCCCCUCUCCACCCCCUUCACCUCCGCCUUCCCCUCCCCCUUCUCCCCCCCCGCCUUCCCCUCCCCCGCCUGCCCCUGCGCGCCUGAGCGAUCUGAUCGUGAGAGUGGAGGGGCGGCCGCGAGAGCUGCUGGCGCCGCGCUUCGCGGCGGACGUGACCAGCUACAACGUGACCGUGCCCUCACGGGACGUCACACUAACGCCCAUGCUGUGCGGGGAGGAGCAGUGCAAGUCGCUGGAAGUGCAUGUGAACGGUGAUGCGGUGCCCAACAACACCGCCAGCCCACAGCUCAAGUGGCAGGACACCAAGGAGGGCGCUGCUGUGGCACGUGCUGAGGCUGAUGUUGUGGUGGAGGGUGAAGGCUACUCGUCCACCACUUACCAUGUGCAUGUGCUGCUGGUUCCCUCGCAUGCCACCUUCUGGUGGUGGGCGGUGGUCCUUCUCAUUGUGCUGGUGUUUGUCGCUGGGCUGCUGCUCUACAUGAUUGUGACGCCUGUGGCAGCGAGGCCCCCCUGGGUGCAGAGCAACAUGGAGUGGCUUGAGCAGCGUGUGGUGCAGCCCCUCCGACAACGGCUCAUGCCUGCUGGCUAUGCUCCCCUUCCCUCUGCUUAGCUUUGUAUUGCCCUGCUACCUCUAGCCCAUAGGAUGGGAUGCAUCUUAUCCAAUAAUGGCAUUCUUCCAUCCCAUUAUGCUCAUGUCGGAUAGGAACUGGGAAGUACACUGGCCAGAGGCGAUACCGUGUAGUUUGAGGUACAGUACAACUUUUUGUUAUAUGGUGACUCUCAGAGUAACAGAUUGACUAGAUUGGAGGGUACAGAGUGAUUUUAUACUAGAAUGUUGUACCCUCUAAGAGCAUGUACCUAUCU